AUGAGCUCGUACCGAACCCUCGUUUAUCGUUUAAAAGUCGUUGUGAUUGUUGUUUUUGUAUGGGUGUUUUUUUUUCUUUUUUUUUUUCGACAUACAUUCUUUUUCCAAACUGUUAAGCAACGUCUAAUUUCACUAAACCAUUCGUUUAUAAAGGAGUGUAAAGUAUACCCUGCUUCUUAUCCAUUUUUCACAGCACCCAGAAGAGACCCACUUGUGAAGCAUAUCGAUUUCGAACUACCAAAGAUGUUUUGCUGUAUGAAAAAAUGCAAGGUGACUAGUCUCAUCAAGACGGUCUUUUACAUUUUCAUGACGUUUUAUGUCAUGGACUUUUUGUUCUACUCGUGGUUACCAAAGAACUACAUCUUUGACAAGGAGGAGCUGCAGCAGAUUGUCAAGGAGACCAUUGCCAACACACCGGAGGACGAUACCGUUGCGCUCUUCACCAACUUACAAGAGAAACUCAGCGAGAGAUAUGGCAGUGAUGCCAUUAAUGAAUUCAAUACCCAAGACUGGGUCUUCAACAAUGCCGGCGGUGCCAUGGGGUCCAUGAUCAUUCUCCAUGCGUCCAUUAGUGAGUAUCUGAUUAUUUUCGGCACUGCUGUCGGCACAGAGGGACACACCGGGAUCCAUUUUGCCGACGACUAUUUCACCAUUCUCAAAGGUGAACAGUACGCUGCCUUCCCAAACCAGUUUGAGCGGAGCGUUUACAAGGCGGGCGACCAGCACCAUAUGGCGAAGGGCGAGUUCAAGCAGUACGGUAUGAAGCCUGGAUCUUAUGCGUUGGAGCUAGCACAGGGCUGGAUUCCUGCAAUGCUACCAUUUGGAUUCUUGGAUACCUUUGCCAGUACGCUGGAUUUCGUCACCUUAGGCAGAACCAUCUACUUCACUGGUAAAGACAUGAUCAAGAACCUGCUCCACGGUAAGUUCUAA